GCUUUUGCAGCUGCCACCCGCCACCCCCACGCCACCACCCCUCUUGGGUUAGCUAGUUUGCAAGGAGCCGCCAGACUCUUGGGGCCUCAGCACCAGAAGCUGCAGCAAACCCCAAGGAAGAAAAGGAACGGACUGGGAGUCUGCGGAGCUGGAAAGAGCCUGAGCCCAGUGGGGUGUGCGCCAUGUCGGCAAAUAUGAGGGAGAGGUUCGACCAGUUCCUGCACCAGAAGAACUGCAUGACCGACCUUCUGGCUAAGAUCGAGGGCAAGACUGGGGUGAACAGAUCCUACAUAGCGCUUGGUAUCAUCAGCUUGGUGGCUUUGUACCUUGUGUUUGGCUAUGGAGCCUCUCUCCUCUGCAACCUGAUAGGAUUUGGCUAUCCAGCCUAUAUCUCAAUCAAAGCUAUUGAGAGUCCCAACAAAGAUGAUGAUACACAAUGGUUGACCUACUGGGUCGUAUAUGGUGUCUUCAGUAUAGUUGAAUUCUUCUCUGACCUCUUCCUGUCAUGGUUCCCUUUCUACUACAUGCUGAAGUGUGGCUUCCUGUUGUGGUGUAUGGCCCCCAGCCCUUCAAAUGGUGCUGAGAUGCUGUACAAGCGUAUCAUCCGCCCUUUCUUCCUGAAGCAUGAAUCCCAAAUGGACAGUGUGGUGAAGGAUCUGAAAGACAAAGCCAAAGAGACUGCAGAUGCCAUCACUAAAGAAGCCAAGAAAGCUACCGUGAACUUAUUGGGUGAUGAAAAGAAAAGUACCUAAACAGCACACUGGAUGAAAGCCCUCUUCUGUUAUACACUUUACUCUCCUAUUACAGCUCUGUUAUGCUGGGGAUUGUGGUACAGUAAUAAUAAUAAUAACAUUGCCUUGGAAACCUUUUUGAUCUAUUAAAAAGGAAUGUGUUGUAAGUUUUUUGCUUACUUUCUUGCUGCUGUCUGUAUAAGCAGUGAGCAUUUUAAUUUAAUUUCAUUCAGUGCAGUGGACAGUGUUCAAAGUUUCUUGAGAAUAUAUUCUUCUCCUCUCUGAGCUAGGAAAGACAUCUGUCAUACCACAGUGAAUACAAAUGAAAUUAAAUAUCUCACAGGCUCUAUGCUUUACUGGCUUCUCUGUGCAUGUAUCUUCUGUAUUUACGGUUUGUGGGUUUUCAUGUAAUGUAUGAUUUUUAUACUAGAAUUCUUAACGUUUUAAACCUUUUUGUUUGUGCACAUGCAGAAAAAUGUUUCAAAGGGUAGAUUUAAACUAUUAUCCUUGAGAAGAUACAACUUAGCAAUAUGAAUUUUGUAGCAAUGAUGUUACUCAGUGAUUGCCUAUGCUAAUUGUAACUGUUCUGUGCAAAAAACGAGAGCACUUAUUUGGAUAAUUAUGACAGCAUGAUGUCACUGGUUAGUUUUUUCCUAGGAUGACCUCUACUAAGAAUGAUGACAUAGAAAGUGAUAGAAAAAAUGGACAAUAAUGUAAGUAAAUUAUACAGUAUAAUGAAGUUUGUAUAGCUUUGUCAACUUAUUUGUAAUUAUGAUGUCUAGCUUUUUCUUCCCAGAAUUAUAGAUGCUGAAUGCCAAGAAACCAAGAAUAAGAAUAGUGUGUUACUCAUGGCAAGAGUGGGAAAAUUUACAUGCAUAUCAAUAACUAAGGGUCUGCUACUUCAGGAUGCCUAGGGUUUUCUGUAUGUUUUCAAGUCUAUUCUAGUUUGUUGGAAUUUCACCUACUGCCAUGUCUAGCCUUCCCUCAAGUUUGAUAAGAUUGUUUCUUAAGCUUUUCUCAGAAACUCUAUCCCUAUUUUUUAAUUAUUCUUUAAUUCUGACCAAAUGCUGUAUUCCUGCGUACAACUGAAAUACCAUAUUCAUUAGAUCUAAGACCAAUGAUGGAGAGAAUGGAACAAGCAGGAAUUGACUCCUGCCAACUGAGCUUUGAUUUUAAUUAUAGGUCUUCUCAAAACUUCCCUCCACUUUAUUCCUCUGGCUUUUUAAAUCAGAUACAAGAAGCAACCUUAUCCUAUAAAUCAUAUUCCUGUUAGCUUCCCAUUAAAUGCCUUAAUUUCUCUUUUCUGUUGAAAGUAUUUCCUGAUAUCAGUUCAGGCACAGACCAGAAAUUUAAAAAAAUUAAGUCACAUGAUUAUUGCAGGCCAAAUAUAUUACUGACACAUUGACAGCUUUUGUGGCUAUAGCAAGAAGGGCUGCAAGAAAACUGAAACUCGAAAGCUUUACAGGUCCAUUUUGGCUUGGAUAAUGAGAAAUUAACUACUCCUAAAACACAAAUCAGUAAAUUAUUUUAAAAGUUAUUGUGCUUAAGAUUAUAUAUAUAUAUAUAUAUACAUAUAUAUGUACAUAUAUAUUAUGACAGAUAAUCAGAUAUGACCAAAAUAUCUCAUAAUGAGAAACUAUAAAAUUGGGAAGCAAGAUCAUCCUAAGUAAUGUUAUGCUGUAAUAAUCAAAGUCUAACACAUUAAUAUUUUGAUAUGCAAUAAAUAGAAUUUGAGCAUUUUGGGAAGACAGUAGUAAUUGUGAAACUGGUUAAAUUUCCUACAAAGUAUCAGGGUGAAUUAUUUCUUUAAAAAAUAACAACCAAGUAAACCAUAUCACCAAAUCAAAGGAAAGCAAAAAUAAUUACUUGGGAAAAAAAUCAAUUCCUGUAGCCAAAAUUAAAGUAUUUCUAAAUAUUCAAAUCUUUCUCCUUGGAGAGAGAAAUCAUACUUUUCUGACUUUGUAAAAACAGAACUAGCAUAAUAUUUGACAUAUGGAACAUAUUUUCAUUAGACAAGUUGGGGGAUCCUAACUUUCUCUGUUGAUUUUAAAUUACUUACAAGCUACCAAUAAAUAACUGCUGUUAAGUGUAUAGUAAAGUAACUGUUCUAAAAUGUACAACCACUUGAAUUAUGUACCUUCUUUCAAAAAAUAUUACUUUCUCAGUUCAUUGGUUUCAGCAGCUGAUAUACUGUUGUAAUUAAUAGAAAUUGUGUUGAAAAAUUACCUCUGUCAGGCUUUCAUGAAAUAAAGCUCUUCUAGAAAAACUCCUUGGGUGGAAUUUGGAUAAAAAAAAAGUUUCAACUUCUGUGUCUGGCAAUGAGCAAGCUUACAUUUAUCAUGUGAAAGUGUUUGAGGGUUGCAAGCGGCUGUCUAAUAUCAAUUUGUACCACACUGUUUUCAGAAAGGAAGGAAAGAACUCAAGCUUUUCUUUUACUUGAAAGUGACAAGUCAUCAUCCUUCAGACUAGUGUAGUUACUGAUGGUAUGUAAAAUGUCUUGUUGGAACAGCCCGUUGAAAAUAAGUAUUGCUAGCCCUUAGUCCUAAUUUAUCACUUGUACUGAAGAUGUACUGUAUUGAAAAGUAGACCCAAAUAAAAGGCUGUUCUUAAUUUA